UAAAAAUUCUUAAGUGCUUAAGCAUAUUCUUAAGUACAGAAUUUGUACUUAGCAGAUUGAAAUUUGACUUAGCAUAUUGCUUAGUAUGUUGCAUAAAUCUUCUCAACUCUUAAGUAUAUGCUUAGUAUAUUCUUAAAGUUAAGCAUGGUAUUUACUUGUCAUAAGUUUUUAAGCAUAUACUUAAGUAAAUCCAAAAUGGCUGAAAGAAGGAAGAGAACAUUUAAGCCAAGAGUUGAUCCAUUAAGAUCCAUGUCGGCCGCAGAAUUACAGGCAAGAUUUAGGUUUAAUCAAGAAGGUAUUGACUUUAUAACAAAUUUAAUUUGUGAUUUUAUUGAGCCUCCGACAAACAGAAAUUAUAGUAUUCCAGCACAUGUGCAAGUUAUGGUAACGUUGAGGUACUUUGCAACUGGACGAAUGCAGCUGUGCAGUGGGGACAAUUUUGGUAUUCAUCAAUCCACUGUAUCGAGAAUAAUUCACAGGGUGACCACUGCUCUCGUACAGCCUCGUAUUGUUAGAAGGUUUAUAUCCUUUCCAGUACAACCAGACAUGAUCAGGAAGCACCAGGCUGAUUUUUUUGGCAUCGCACAAUUUCCGGGGGUUAUUGGGGCCAUUGACGGCACCCAUGUACGCAUUCUGGCUCCAUCUGAACAUGAACCAGAGUAUGUGAAUCGUAAAAACUUUCACAGCAUCAAUGUCCAGCUUGUUUGUGAUGCAAGCCAUAGAAUUCUUGACUUAGUUUCAACCUGGCCUGGAGCGACACAUGAUGCAAGAAUCCUUCGAGAAAGUGGACUUUUCCAACUAUUUGAAAGACGUCUCUUGCCUGUCAAGUGUCAUCUCCUUGGGGACAGUGGAUACCCUGCAAAAGACUGGCUGUUGACUCCAUUUUUAAAUCCAGCUAAUGGACCACAGUCUCGUUUUAACAGGUCGCACAAAUGCACUAGAACAAUUGUGGAAAGAACCAUCGGGCAACUGAAGAGACGAUUUCACAUCCUCCAUGGUGAAAUUCGACAGAGCCCUGACCGAGUCAGCCAAAUCAUCACAGCAUGUGGAAUUCUUCACAAUAUUGCGAAGAUGUUUAACAUCCCCCUACCACAGGAGCACGGAGACGAAGACGACAGUGAUGAUGUACCUGACGACAAUGACAAUGCAGACCACUUAGUUGGAGACUUCCAAACUGCUGAUGGUCGCGCAUACAGAAACCAUAUUGUCGCAACCCAUUUCACUUGAAUGACAAAUGAGGUAUGUACAUGUAAAUAAUUUUAAUUUUUUUUCUUUCAUAUUAGUAUUUGCAGUCUCCUCUAUUUAUUAAGAAAACCGAUUUUAAUUCAUGGCUCCACUGAAACUGACAGGACUGGAAUAUUUAUACAUGAUCAAAUGAAAACGUGUUACUUAUUGUUUAAUCCCAUUCUUCGUAACUUAAAGCUGCAUUUCUAUAACACCGGUAAAUGCUAUUUUUGCUCUGUUGGAAACCACAUGGAAUUAAUGGACCGGAAAGUAAUAAAUGUAAUUUGAAAUAGUUUUAUUCAAUACUUUUAAAUGCGUUUGAAUUUAUUGUACAACUUAAAGAAGGUUUAUACAUUAUGUACCUAAAAUAUUAAACACGAAACACAACGAAACAUUCUUUCUUUUAAAAACAUCAAUUAAAUUUUGCAUAUAGCUUUAUAUAUA